UUCACUUUUGUGACCCGCUUGGCCAAUGGAGAAUUUAAUUCGAUCGCACCAACAAAUGCUGGAGCUCCUUCCGGAAAAUUGUACCGGAAACUGCGAGGAACGGACAUGCAACAGCGGAGCCGAAGACAUCUACGAAAGUCAAAAGGCUACCAUGCAAGCACCAAUGCAAGCACCGAUACAGGAUGGCAUUGUGCACUCUCCCUACAAGCAAUCCGAGACAGUGCUGUUGUCAUUUGCUGAAUACCUCACAGAAAAACUUCAACCUCACGGAAACAGAAUUGCACUGACCGAUGGAGAGAGGAGCGUUACCUACAAAGAACUUCUGAAGAAAUUUCGUUGCUGCGCCGCCAUGUUUCAAGCUCACAAUGUAGGUCCUGGUGACAAAGUCUACUGUCAUUUCGCAAACAGCAUCGAUGGUUUUGUGGCGCUCUACAGCAUCGGCAUGACCGGGGCUACCGUUGUCCUGAGUGACCCAGAAUACAAAGAAGGAGAGGUUCAAGAGCACAUGAAAAACUGUGACGCUACACACGUGGUGACUGACCUUUGCCAUUCCAUCAAGUUCAGUCCUAGAGACCAAGGAACUAGCAUAAAGGCAUAUUUUGCUGUUGGUGACGUGCCUGGAUUUAUUUCAAUUUCUAACUUUGACACAUAUAAUGAAGAGGAUUACCAGGAGGUGAGAAGGUGCCCCGGACGCAUCCUGGUCAUGACAUACACCUCUGGUACAACUGGUCAAACCAAAAACGUUGAAAUCGCGGAAAAUCGAUUUCUUCAGAAAGCCUGCGGAAUGGAAAUUACCGGCCUGUACAGCGCAGACGACGUCUGUCUCGCCUGCGAAUACAUCACCAUACACGUGGCAUUUUCCUUCAACUUCAAAUUGAUAUGCUGUGGGGCCCGCUUGGUGAUCAGUGACAAGUACUGGUCUGUACCGGACUUUAUUUCUACGACCAAAAAUGAAAAGGUGUCCCUUGUUAUGACGACCCCUUCGGUGCUGUAUCUAGUGGCAAGUGCACUAGCGGCUACAGGUACAAGAGUUCCUUCGCUGAAGAAGGUGGUCAGCUUAGGAGCAAGUCUGCCGAAGAGCACAGCGGUGCUCGUGGUGUCGGCGUUGAAGCCUGUGGAAUUCAAGAAUAUCUAUGGCCUGUCUGAGGCCAGUGGAGACGUCUGCUGCCCCCCAGCUGGUCAGUUGUGCUUCGACAGCGUGGGCUUUCCUGUUCCCGAUACGCAGGUGAAGAUCAUUGAUCCGGAGUCCCAGAGGACGAUGCCCCCGCUGGAACGUGGUGAAAUAAUGGUGCGCUCGCCGAACGUUAUGGUAGGCUACUACAAUCACGGCGAGGCAACAGCUGCCGCUAUCGACGCGGACGGCUGGCUGCGCACAGGUGAUGUGGGCUACUACGACCACUCUGGGCGACUAUUUGUGACCGAGCGGCUGAAGAGCGUCAUCAAGUGUUUCGACACCAAUGUGGAGCCCUUCGAGGUGGAGCAAUGCGUUCUCGAGCUUGAGUGGGUGGCCGAAGUAGCCGUGCUGGGUGUGGCGCACCCGAUUCUCGGAGGGGCACCAGCCGCCAUUGUUGUCCUGCGACCAAAAUGGAAGGCGGAGGAACGCGGCCCCAUUGCACAGCAGAUCAAAGAACACGUGGCAGAGAAAUUGGCUUUUUACAAGAGACUACACGGCGGGAUAGCCUUCGCUGAAGAGCUGCCCAAAACCACAAGAGGCAAAGUAGUGAAGCGCCUUCUGAUGACGGAGAUUCGUAAAGCUUAGGAAUGCUGGAAAGAUUUAUUGAAUGCUGUUGAGAAGAUGCAGACGUGUUUGUUCUGAUCUACUUUACUUACAAGUCACCGCUA